GACAUAACAUUAGACGAGUAAAAGCAUACGUAGUCUCAUAAGUGUGAAAGGGACGGCCGGUGGCAAGUUUCCAAGAUGAAUCUAAUGUUUCGGAAGAACUUCAGUACUGAGAAGAGUAUAGGUGGAGGAGGCGGAGGUGGGGGGAAAGCAAAGGGGGCGCUGGGUGCAGGCAGGAAUGCCAAACGGCGCGAUAGAGGAUACUCCUGCAUGGAGGAGCACCACUACAGAACACACCUUUUCUUCUCAGCGCCUCGCUCCAGCGCGCAGUAUAACGACGGAUCAGGUACAGAACGAUGCGGCCCAGUGAUCGGUGGUGGCACGGGGCCGGAGACCGAGCCGCCGCAGCCAUUGGUGACUCGCGAACCGUCGGUGUCGCUGCUGCGAUGGGAACGACCGGUCGCCCCCACCGCUUCAGUGCACGAUCGCCACCGCCGCACCGAGCCGCUCUCGCUCGCCACGCUUGAACGCGACUGCUUCGUCAUACCGGCGCACGCGCUUAGUCGAUUUCUGCCUGAUGGCGUCCCGCUUCCAGUGCCGCUUCCGACGCCAGAGAAAGGAGUGGCGAACAAGACGCAAAACGCGCUCAGCAUACUCGAAAUAGCGGACCCCAAGCUGUGCAUACUAGCUCAUCUCAUGAGCCCCUUAGAACCAAUCGAACCUAUCCUAGAGUCUCCUCUAGCUAAGCCUAUUAUAAGACAGAAAGCAGCAGCGGGGGAAUUGCUGAAUGAAGUGGCUGUGGCUAAUACAGCGGUUGGGGGAAUGUUAUUAGCGAAUAUGGAGAAAAACGCCGAAUUCCCAUUCAUAUCGUAUUAUGUGAUAAAUACGACGCAAACAGACCCGUUGCUUUUUUACAACAACAUGCGCAGUGCGUCGUUGGGCAAGUUCGAUCCGAAGACGAUACGGUAUUCGGCUGCGCACACACUAGAUCUCUAUAGCGAAGUCGCGAUGAUAUGUCGGCCGCCUUUCAACGAUUUGGCUGGUGGCCCUAAGAAAUCGCAUACGCCUACUACUGGAUUCAUUGUCAGUGUUUACAAGGUAUUCGAAGGCGAUGACGGCGAGCGUUUCGAGCGCAAUUGGCUAUACUGGACGGGAGCGAGGAUGCUCUACAGACACCUACCACAUUCCGUGGGCAUGAGAAAGAUUGCUCUUCACAAAUCCGUCGCCUCGCAUGGCGACAAGAUGUAUUUACUCAUUUGCGAAUGUGCCAACUUAUUAGACGACUUGUCAGGAGCUGCUAUGAUAGUAACCGCGCUAAGAGCCAGACUAUGUGGAUACACGGGACUUUAUAGACCUAUAAAGGCUUUCUAGUAGAGGGAACAGAGCCCGAAAGGGCUCGACUGUGUCGUUUUAUAGGACUUUCUGGUAAGGUAGUUGGUUUUGUGCGUGUGGGAGUUUGGGAAGAUGAAAAGUGGAUUCUUGUAACAAAACCAGAUAAUGUAAUGUGUGGCAUAUGUGGUAUAUCAAAACACGUGGUACAAUGUGUAUUGUUCGUAGGCCAUAGUACAUAAAGAUAAAUUGAAACAAGAGAUAUUUUUCCAACAAUAAGGUUCUUUACCGGAUAAAAAUAAAAUUAGUAAACUGAAGAGAGAAUCCACAUAAUUUCAUCUUUAAUUCCAUCGAAAGUGUGAGACAAUGUUUACUACGUAAACUUCUAAACAGCCUGUUGUAUCUCAUUUAUUUAUUAAUGGGCUUAAAGAGCGUACGGUCAACGUUAGCACUAGUUGUGACAAUGGACCAAUGUAUUACAUUAUAAACGAAUAAGAAGGUUUAGUCUGGUUAGAAAAAUAACAUUAUUUUUUUCUGAGAAAGAUAUUGUGAACUAUUUUUCCCGAUAUAAGUAGAAAUCAGGGACGCCCAAAACACUAUCCAAUAUCGUUUCCCCGGGGGUAACAUUGUUAUUUUCCUAGUCAGUGUUAAGAUUAUUGGAAACGAAUGACGACGCCUCGUGUUCUCUCGCAAAACGUAGAAUAAGGGAGUCACCAAACUUAUUAACGCGGAAUCGUCUUGAUGCGAUCGUGUUUAACCAAACUUGUCGCAUUAAGCCGAUUCGCCGUUUCCUGGGCCGUUUGCGCGCCGUCGCGCCAGUUGUUUCUAGACCAAGGCGUCUUCUCCCGUUCUUGGUCCGAAACAAUGAUUGCCAAAUAAGUAACACUCGACCAAAUCAAAAAACAAUAUCAAGUAUGAAGCUUAAAUUCGUAUCACGCGUCUUGUAAUUUGAUCUAUUGGGUAUGAAUUUGAUAUAU